AAAUAAAUGGGGAGGGGGAAAGAGAAAAUGAGCAGGUGCUGGAAUCUGAGGCUGAUAAAUCAGUUUACCUCCGGUAUAUAAAGAGACAAACCAUACAGGGUUCACAACGACACAUCUAGACAUUGACACACUGAACAGCAUUACAGCAUUUUUGGAGAAAAAAAUGGCAGUCUGGCCGGUCUAUCUGUCUCUUUGUCUUCUCUUAACUUUGAGUGCCUCAGAGAAAACGUCCCCUCAGCAAGUUGGAAAUAAACGCUGUGGCGCUUGUUGGUCAGGAUGGAGUGCCUAUGGAUGUAGGUGCUUCAAGUUUUUCAGCAGCGCUCAAAUCUGGAUAGAUGCAGAGAUAAUGUGCCAGGACUUUGAUGGUCAUCUUGCUUCUGUACACAGCCACGAGGAGUACAUUUUUAUACAGAACCUGAUUAGACACUCCACUCAGCAAACAACAAGAGCCUGGCUCGGGGGCCACGAUGCUGUUCAUGACGGAGUUUGGCUCUGGAGCGAUGGAUCCAAAUUUAACUUCCAAAUAUGGGCUCCUGGAGAGCCCAAUAAUGAUGGUAACGAGGACUGCAUUGAGAUGAAUUACUCAGAUGGCAACUUUAAUGAUCUGAAAUGUUCUUCUAAGAUGCCCUUUGUGUGUGUGAACUGAAGCAGCAUGUGAAAAGGCAAAGUUGACUGGGAGAAUAAGCAGUCUAUUUUGACUCAGCGAAUGAUCAGUGAAGGUUAAUAAAGGUGUUAAUAAAAUAAAGGUGUUUGCAGCAA